AUGAACCAUUUUCAACCGCGCCAAACCGACGCGUUGAUAGGGCUGAUGCGGAAUUUACCAAUAUUGUGGUUAAAAAGCAGUAAAAUCAACGGCCACAACUCGAAGGAUGUAAAUUUAGCAAAAGCCGAAGCGUGGAAAGCAGUAGCAGAAAAUUUGCGAAUAUCAAUAAAAGAAGCGAAAGAACAAUGGGCCUACAUUCUGUUAAUACACCGAAAUAUCUAUGGUCAACUGCCCGACGAGGCGUUUCGGUACGACUCGCCACCAAAUUGGGACCCUCAUUGGGAUGAAGCCGUCACCCACAUCUCGCUCUUGUAUGCGCAAUUUUUUCAAGAAGACCUACGGUUUUUGUGCGAGAAA